GGCGAGGUUGGCGCGGGAAUUUGAAUGUUUGAUACUGAGUAGAGCAGUAGUUUCGUUUCUUCGUUUUUGGGCAGUCAUGGAGGAUCCUGUGCAAGCGGAGCAGUACCGGAGAUAUGUCUCCGAGGGAAAGCAAGAGGCCCGUAAUGGGAACCUGGAGGAAUCCAUCCAACUGUUCAGAAAAGCUUUGCAAAUCCACCCCAGCGAAAAGCUGAUCCAGAACAUCAAAAAGUUGGAGGAAGCCUUGGCUUCUUUGGCCCUGGACCAAGAGGAGGAUGGCUUUGUGGAUGUGUGUCAGAGCGGGUUGAUGAUGUACGGGGAAAUGUACGACAAGCUGUUUGAGCACCAAAGAGAAGGGGUGGCCUUCUUAUACGGCUUAUACAGAGAUGGAAGGAAAGGAGGCAUCUUGGCCGACGACAUGGGCCUGGGGAAGACCAUUCAGAUCAUUGCUUUCCUUUCAGGCAUGUUUGAUGCGGAACAUAUCCAAUCCGUGCUGCUAAUUGUGCCAACCACCCUCAUUAGCAACUGGACAAAAGAGUUUUCCAGCUGGACUCCCGGGCUGCGGGUGAAAGUCUUUCAUGGGACCUGCAUAGCUGAACGCAACAGAAAUCUUGAGCGGAUCCAGAGGAGGCAUGGCGUCCUCAUCACAACAUACCAAAUGCUGCUCAACAAUUGGCAACAGCUUGCCAGCUUUGGCAAUCAGGAAUUCAUUUGGGACUAUGUCAUUCUUGACGAAGCGCACAAAAUUAAAACUCCGUCGGCCAAAACAACCAAAUCGGCACACGCCAUCCCUUCCAGAAACCGCAUCCUCCUCACAGGGACCCCGGUCCAAAACAACUUGAAAGAACUCUGGGCCCUGUUUGACUUUGCUUGCCAAGGCUCACUACUUGGGACCAUGAAAACCUUUCGGAUGGAGUAUGAGAAUCCGAUCACCAGAGCCAGAGCGAAGGAUGCGACGCCAGGAGAGAAGGCGCUGGGCCUCAAGAUCUCCGAAAACCUGAUGUCCAUCACCAAGCCCUAUUUCCUGAGGCGCAGCAAAGACGAGCUGAAGAAGACAGUUAACCCUGAACUUCAAAACAACCUUCCUGAACUUCGAAGUAAGGAUGCCGCUCCUGAAAUGCCUUCUCUCCCCAGAAAAAACGACUUCAUCGUAUGGGUGUACUUGGCACCCAUACAAGAAGAAAUAUACCGGAAAUUCAUUUCUUUGGAUCAUAUCAAGGAAUUGCUGAUGACAACAAGGUCCCCAUUGGCCGAACUGAACAUCCUCAAGAAGCUCUGUGAUCACCCCAGAUUGCUAUCUGCAAGAGCCUGCAACCAACUUGGUCUGGAAACAUCCAGUUAUAAUGACCUGGAUGGCGAUGAAAACGAAGCCAGUGAGGUUCUGCACCAGGACAUUGAACAUCUUUCCGAUCAGGUUCUGAUUGAGGAGUCUGGGAAGUUGCUUUUCCUUGUGGCCCUGCUGGACCGACUCCAAGAGGAGGGCCAUCGAACGCUUGUGUUCUCUCAGUCAAGGAAAAUGCUAGAUAUUAUUGAGCGCAUUCUAACGCGCAGGCGUUUUAAGCUCAUGCGCAUCGACGGAAGGGUGACUCAUUUGACGGAGCGAGAAAAAAGAAUUGGGAUGUUUCAGAAGAACAGUGACUACUCCGUCUUUUUGCUCACGACCCAAGUAGGUGGAGUUGGCUUAACCUUAACGGCCGCAACCAGAGUGGUGAUCUUUGAUCCGAGCUGGAAUCCAGCGACGGAUGCUCAGGCUGUGGACAGAGCUUAUAGAAUUGGCCAAAAAGCCAACGUGGUGAUCUACCGGCUCAUUACCUGCGGGACGGUAGAAGAGAAAAUCUAUCGCAGGCAAGUCUUCAAGGACUCUCUAAUCCGGCAAAGCACAGGAGAGAAGAAGAACCCAUAUAGAUAUUUCAGCAAUCAAGAACUGAGAGAGCUCUUCACGCUGGAAGAUCCCCGAAGCUCAUCGACACAACUCCAGCUCCAGUCCUUGCAUUCCUCCCAAAGGAACACGGACACUCAGCUGGAUGAGCACAUUGCGUAUCUCCACUCGCUGAAAAUAUUUGGCAUCUCGGACCAUGAUUUGAUGUAUACGCAUGAAACGGCUAACGAAGAUGAAGCAGAGAAUGAAGAAGAUCACCGAUACAUUGAACACAGAGUACAAAAAGCCCAGGAGUUGGUGAAGCUAGAGUCACAACUGAAAGACCAGUUGGUAGAAAGCAUGGGAAACACAACCGAAGGAGCGUGGUUGAGAGAAAUGGAAUUGUCUACCCAGCCAAAGAAGAAAACACCCAAACCUCCUCAGAAUCAUGCCUCACCUGCAUCUGUUCAACACACAGGUGAUGGAGUGGUCGAUCUUGUAGCUGAUGAUGAAGAUGACAACAUGAGUGAUGACGGCAACGAUUGUCGCAUUGUUAAUGUAAGCUCCAAAAUGGCAAGUCUAGUUAUUGAGGAUGUGGGUGACGAACGAAUGCUUCAGGACAUAUCUAACAUGGAUAUAUCCCUUUCCAAGAAGAAGGAAGACAAAUCAGUCAGGUCACAAUCAUAUGAGCAAGAGCAUGAUCAAAGGACCGUGUCCCCUUCGCCUCGAUCCAACUCCUUCUCUAACAAGGAGAAUUGCCAUCCAGAAUUACAAACGAUUUCCAAUGAUCCGCUUGCCCAAGAUGUGGACAACGAACAGCUUUGGAACAAAUCUGACAUGGAUGUAUCUGUUUCCGAGAGUGAAGACUGCAAAACACCCAGGCUACAAGAAUGCAAGCGAGAGCAAGAUCAAAGCAUGGUGUCCCCUUUUCCUCAAACCAAUAAGAAGAGCUGCCAUCCAGAAUUCCAAACGGUUUCCAGUGAUCCGCUUGCCCAAGAUGUGGACAACGAACAGCUUUGGAACAAAUCUGACAUGGAUUUAUCUGUUUCCAAGAGUGAAGAUUGCAAAUCACCCAGGCUACAAGAAUGUAAGCGAGAGCAAGAUCAAAGCAUGGUGUCCCCUUUCCCACAAACCAACAAGGAGAGCUGCUAUCCAGAAUUCAAACCAACCUCCCAUGAUCCGCUUGCCCUAGAUGUGGACAACAAAUCUGACAUGGACAUAUCUCUUUCGAAGAACGAGGAGUACAAAUCAUCCCAAUUAGAGAAAUACUGUGAUGUGAAAAGGAUGCCAUCUUUUCUUGCUGCUCCCUCGUUAUCAAAUGAGGAAGAUUGCAGUCCUGAAUCCCAAACAAUUCCCUGUGAUCUCUCUACUGAUGCAAGCGUCAAUUUUAAUGAUGUCCAAGUGGAACCAUUGCACCAGUCACCGACUUCUAGUGAUGAUGAGAAACUUACAAAGACUAAACUAUCUCCUGAUGUUGUUAGAAAACCGUAUGAAGAAGGUGGUGAAAUUUAUGAGUUAGAUGCUGCAGUGCCAUUUCAGGCACAAACCAAUAAUACCUCAAAGUACAGCGUUGAAAGGAUGCUGGAAAAUGAAUCCUUCACUACGCCUUCCCCAUACCAAGCUGAUUUCAACCUUGUCUUAGAUGACUCUGAAGACGAACCGCAAGUUGUUUCAGGAGAGGAAAUAUCACUGGAGGAAACGGAAAAUGAAGGAUUUCAGCUGCGGCUGGACAGUCACCAUAGCUCUGCAUCGCAUUCUUGGGCUGGAGAAAAUGAAGGCAACGGAAGCCUCCAGCCUAGGAAAGAUGCGACGGAGUCUCCGCUUCUGGAAGGCUUUAACAAGCUAUCUGAUGCUUCAAUGGACAAUAGUGACAAUUCUUUUAAAUAUAAGAAGAAGCCAAUCAGAAGAAUAGUCUCAGAUGAUGAAGAGGAGCAACAUGAUUCUGUUACUGUCGAUGACAGCGAGCAUGGGAAAAUAUCAGCCUCGAACAACAUGGGUCGGAUCUAUAUGUCAACCCCAAAGACCAAAGAGCCCAUGGCCGAUCUCUGUUUCUCUCCAAGACUGAAGGUCAGUGGAAGACGGUCAACCGCCUCUCGAAGAUCCCUGGCCAAUUUAGUCAUGGAUCAGGUGGAAGACAUGGCAGAGGUGGUGGAGCCUGAGAGCGAAGUGUCUCCUGAAAGCUCUUUGCAGAGAAGCUUAGAAAGCGAAAUGAGCAAGAGCUACAGCGACCAGGAGACAUCAGAGUUGGAAGAAGAGCCUUCGGGUGAGACACUGGACUCGGAGGACAAAUCCAGCUAUAUGCGUGAGAUAGGCUCUCUUGGGGACGAGUCUUCGUUUUGAAGCACUUUAAAAGGGCCAGCCCUGCUCUUCUUGAGAUAACUAUCUUCGACAGUCCCUAGGAGAAAAUACAAUAUUAUUUCUCUAUUGCUGGCUCACAUUAUCCUGAGUUUUCUAUUUGCACACUUUUGAGAUGUGGAAAGUAUACUUAUAAGGUGAAUUUGAGUUGCUCGCUGCAGAAGUGUUACAGACAACUAAGGACUAUUUGUAUUUGCAUGUUUGACCUGUGUAGUUUUAUUGAAUUUAGUAUCAUGUGGUAAAGGGGGAAAGUCCACUUCUAAUUGAGGGAAAUGGAUUCGGACAGCCUUAUCCUUCUGAAUUGAUUUCAUCUUCAAAGUCUCCUUUCAUCAUCUCUCUUGAAACCUGUUAGAAAUAUAAUUGUUUUCGCUUUACAA